UGAGGACUUAAUUUUCUAUUUACAUCUUAGAAGAAACAUAUUUAACUGGCCCACAUCAAAAUAAUCCUGCCUUUGUUGUUUUAACUGUCUGAUCGUGUACUACUGCUAUUUAUCGGUCUGACGCAACAGGUUACUGGACAAACACAUCUGACCACUAAAUAAAUAUACGUGUAUGUAAAUACGCCUGGAUCGUUUGACGGAUACGCGUAGAAAUACGUUUUAUUUAAAAUGACGUAUACUGUAAAUGAGAAGGAGAAUUACUACACUAGAUCUAAGUGAUUCCUGGUUCUUUGGUAUUGCUGCAUGUUUUUCUUGCUCCGGAAGUUGGUGUUUUUUACUCGGCCUCCGGGGGGCUUCCCUCGAGUAGAGGGGAUUCCGAUCCCACCCCCGUCGCGUGACCGAGGUUUCCUCUUCGCGGGAGCAGAUCCCAAAGCCCCGAGGAACCUCCAUCUCUUCCUGAAAAGGAGGAAAUGAAGUCGUUCCCGAGAUCGCGCGCGUCACUGUUGAUUAAUACGGGCAAAAGAGGGCGCUCCCCAAGAGUGCGACCCCCGCGUGCCGCCCACCCCGCGUUUCCAUGCCAACUAGCUCGGGGCCAGCGGGGGCUUCCGCCGCUUCCCAGCUGAAGAGGGGGCUCCGUGUGCCAGUCUCGGGACACGCUCGUUUUGAAAUUUAUUUCUGUCCUGCGGAGAUAAGUGCGCGUUGCUGCGGGGAGAGAUGAAGAUGAAGAACCCUUGGCACCGGCCGCUGAUCAUCGGCAUCGCCAUCGUCUUCGCUGUGGCCGUGAUUGGCAUGGUGACCACUGGCGUCAUUCAGAACAGACACAUCGGACAGAAGUACAAGUAUGGUAUCGUCCUGGAUGCUGGCUCUUCUCACACUUCGGUGUACGUGUACCAGUGGCCAGCGGAGAAGGAGAACAACACAGGCAUGGUGCAGCAGACACACGUGUGUAAUGUGAAAGGCAAGGGCAUCUCCAGCUAUGCUGGCAGCCCAAAUGCUGCUGGGAGCUCACUCAGGGAGUGCAUGGAGGAGGCCAGGAGCAACAUUCCCACUGAGAGACAAAAGGAGACACCUGUCUACCUGGGAGCUACAGCAGGGAUGAGGUUGCUAAGGAUGGAGAACCAGUCAGCCUCAGACCAGGUCCUGGCAUCAGUAGAGAACUUCCUCAAGGUGACCCCAUUCUCCUACCAGGGAGCCUGCAUCAUCACGGGCCAGGAAGAGGGCGCCUACGGCUGGAUCACUGUCAAUUAUCUUGGUGAUAACUUCCGUAAGGCCCAGCGGACCAUGGGGGCCCUGGACCUGGGCGGAGCGUCCACUCAGAUCACAUUUGUAUCUGGGGUGGAGGGAGAGUCCCCUCAGAACUUCAUCCACUUCCGUCUGUACGGGAAUGAGUACCACGUGUACACUCACAGCUUCCUGUGCUAUGGCAAGGACCAGGCGCUCAGGCUGGCGCUGAGUCACGGGCUGCGGGCACUGCCAGAGAACGCAAACAGCACCCUGCUAGACCACUGCUUCCACCCAGGCUACAGGAAACAGAAGGACCUGUCCGAUGUCUAUGAUAGCCCCUGUGUCUCCAAGAAAGGGGCUCCAACUGGGACCUUCAUCCAUCAAGGUGCAGGGAACUGGAGUCUCUGCCAUCAGCAUGUACAAGGCCUCUUCAACUUCAGCCAGUGUGUCAGGAGGAGCUGCUCCUUCAAUGGGGUCUUCCAGCCCCCACUGCAGGGGACGUUUGGGGCUUUCUCUGCUUUCUUCUUUGUGAUGAAUUUCUUGAACCUGACUUCCGGGUCCCUGUAUGAUGCAAAGCAGAAGCUGACUAGUUACUGUUCUACACCCUGGGAAAAGAUCCAAAAGGACCACCCUACAGUUAAGGAGAAGUACUUGUCUGAAUACUGCUUCUCAGGGACCUACAUCGUCACGCUGCUUGAAGAUGGAUACAACUUCACCUCGGAUGCCUGGAAGGAAAUCAAGUUCAUCAAAAAGAUUGGAGACAGUGAUGCUGGCUGGACUCUGGGCUACAUGCUGAACAUGACCAACAUGAUUCCAGCAGAGGCCCCUGACACACCGCCCCUCCCCCACUCUAGCUACGUGGCCAUCAUGGUCCUGCUGGCCCUGCUGCUACCCAGCCUGCUCUUCAUCGGUUACCGCUUGUUCAGGCGCUCUGGUUCUGCUUCUCAAAAGCAGAUCGUUUAACUAUCAUUAUAGGAUGUAGAUACUGUGGGUGGGGCUGGCUUCAGUGUUUUUACUUUUAUUAGUCGGAUGGGGGCCUGCAUUCAGAACCCUGUGUGGACCCAUACUGAUCUCCUCCCUGACUGUGAUUGCAGAACCAGAGGUAGAUGUCCAUCUCAGGUCAGGUGACACACCUGUACCAGAAGUCUGGAUCUGCAGGGCAGGACUGUGCACUACCAUCAAGGAGCAAUGACCCAGGGCCAGGAGACAGGGCUGUAGGAUCUGGGGGGGUCGCGAGGGGGGGACACUAGGGGGGAAUACAGGGAGACACUAGGGGGGACACAGGGGAGACGCUUCUCCAAGCUGCUCCAGCCUUGGAUGUCAGAGAUCGUCUUUGCAUUUCAUUUCCCAGGAGACCAUCAUCCCGCAUUUUUAACAGAGGGAAUUCCACACUGAAGCAAACCUGCCUGCUUGAUUUCCCAAUAAACAUUAUGCUUUUCUUGUGA